AUGUCUGACGACUGGAACUCCGUCACCAAGAUUGGCAGCCGCACCCGUGGUGGCGCCGCUGGUCCCCGCGAGGCUGUUGUCAAGGGCAAGAGCGCGCUCAACGCCGCCCAGCGCAGCGGCGCUGUCAUUUCGACCGACAAGAAGCAGUUCACCACCGCCAACACUGCCUCCGGCAACACAGAAGGCCAGCGCCUGACCAAGGUCGACCGCUCGGACGACAUCAUCAAGCCCAAGACGGUCGGUAUCGCCGUCGGACAGGCCAUCUCCAAGGCUCGCUCGGAAGCCAAGAACGACAAGGGCACCACCAUGACGCAGAAGGACCUUGCGACCAAGUGCAACAGCACACCCACCAUCAUCGCCGACUUUGAGCGCGGCACUGCGACGCCGGACCAGAAGCUGCUGGGCAACAUGGAGCGUGUGCUCAACGUUAUCCUGCGCGGUGAGAAGAUGGGUCAGCCCAAGUUCCCCAACAAGAAAUGA